UCGUCUCCACGGAAGCCAUGGCCGGGCCAAAACCCUAGGCGCCCCUCCGCCCUCCUCACAUGCGAGGGCUUCUCUACCCUCCUCCUCCGCCACCACCGUCGCCGUUUCCGCCGUCGGUCCUGCCGACCUUGCCGCCAUGGAUUUCGCGGAGCUGGAGGCGACGGAGGGCCUCCGCUGGCCGUGGAAUUCGUGGCCCUCGUCGCGGCCAGACGCUGCCGCCCUCGUCGUCCCUCUGAGCGUGAUGUGCACUCCUUUGAUGCCCAUCGCCGACCUCCCCCUCCUCCCCUACGACCCCCUGAUGUGCGCACGCUGCCGCGCCGCCCUCAACCCCUACGCCCGCGUCGAUUACCGUUCUGCCCUCUGGGCCUGCCCCUUCUGCCACCACAAGAACCCCUUCCCUCGCUCCUACGCCGGCAUCGGCGAGAACAACCUUCCCGCCGAGCUCUUCCCCACCUACUCCACCGUUGAGUACCUCCCCUCGCGGAACCCCACCUCCCACAGCGGCUUCGACCUCUCCCCGUCCUCCACCGCCUCCCUUCUGUCUUCCUCCGCCUCCUCCCUCGGCUCCUCGCUCUCCUCCUCCUCCUCCUUACUGCCGCGGCCGGACCCCUCCCGGCCGCCGGGGCCAUCCUUCGUGUUUGUUGUGGACGUCUGCUCGGCGCCGGAGGAGCUCUGGACGCUUAAAAAUGAGAUCUUGCAUGUAGUGGCGCAGCUGCCGGAAAACGCGCUGGUGGGGCUGGUCUCGUUCGGCUCGAUGGUGUGGGUCCAUGACCUAGGGUUCACUGACUGCUCCAGGGCUGUUCUGUUCUGCGGUGACCGGGAACUCACUUCAGAGAAGAUCCAAGAGCUCAUGGGCAUUUUUCAACUUCAGCAUCACAAAUUGGGCAUAUCUAGACAUAUCCCAAAGCAAGGUUUUCUGCUAUCGGUUUCUGAUUGUGAAUUCAAUAUUACCAAUGCAAUUGAAGAACUCGACUCCUUAUCUGACACCUUGCCUGGGCAUCGCCCUAAGAGAGCUACUGGUGCAGCGAUUUCAACAGCAGUUGCACUUCUAGAAGGUUGUGCACCUAAUACUGGUGGCCGAGUAAUGGUUUUUACGUCUGGACCUGCGACAACAGGGCCUGGGAUGAUUGCAGAGACUGAUUUUAGUGAGGCCAUUCGUACCCACCAAGAUAUUAUAAAUGGUCAUGCCCUUCUCAGUGAAAAGGCUCGUAGCUUCUACAAGCAUCUGGCUCGCAGAUUAUCUGACAGAUCUUUUGUUCUUGAUCUCUUUGCUUGUUCUCUGGAUCAGGUUGGAGCUGCAGAACUAAGAUAUCCGAUCGAGAUGUCUGGUGGCUUCUUGGUGCUUGCAGAGUCAUUCGAGUCAGAACAGUUCAGAAAGUGUUUAAGGCACAUCUUUAAGCAUGAAGGCACAGACCAUCUAAACAUGAACUUUGAUGCGACCAUUGACAUAGUGACUACAAAGGAGGUUAAGAUAUGUGGGGCCCUUGGACCUUGCAGGUCUCUUCGUACAAAGAACAAUUUGGUGAGUGAGAAAGAAAUAGGCCAGGGUGGAACUGCUUCAUGGAAGCUGAGUUCGCUGACUAACAAAACUUGCAUAGCCUUCUUCUUUCAAGUGAGCAGCGAUCAUAAUGCUGAGCCACCUCCAGUCUUCUUUGUUCAGUUCAUGACACGCUACCAGCAUGGGAAUGGUGGGUUUCGUUUAAGGGUGACGACAGCUGCAAGAAGAUGGGUAGGGCCCCGGUCACCAGAAAUUGCAUCAGGUUUUGAUCAAGAAUCAGCUGCUGCUGUCAUGGCCAGGCUUGCAGUUCACAGAGCAGAGGAAUACCAUGCCCGAGAUGUCAUCAGAUGGCUGGAUAAGAUGCUUAUUCGCUUCACAUCCAAGUUUGGAGACUACAUUCCAGAAGAUCCAUCUACAUUCCGGCUAUCAUCCAACUUUUCUCUCUAUCCGCAGUUCAUGUAUUACCUGAGAAGGUCACAGUUUAUUGAUGUCUUUAAUAGCACUCCCGACGAAACUGCUUUCUUCCGACUGAUGCUGAACAGGGAAGGGGUGGUUGGGUCCCUUAUCAUGAUCCAGCCUACUCUUUUCCAGUAUUCGUUUGAUGGACCACCUGUACCCGUGCUACUUGAUGUCAGCUCAAUCUCCCCAGAUGUUAUUUUGCUCUUUGAUUCUUAUUUCCAUAUCGUGAUUCACUGUGGUUCUAAGAUUGCUCAGUGGAGGAAGCUUGGGUAUGACAAGGAUCCAGACCAUGAGAAUUUGAGGAAACUGCUGGAGGCACCGGAGAUUGACGCAGAGGCGCUCAUGGCAGAGCGUAUUCCAGUCCCAAAACUCAUUAAAUGCGACCAGCAUGGUAGCCAAGCUAGAUUUCUUCUUGCAAGGCUGAACCCAUCAGUGACUCAGAAAACACAGCUGAUAGAUGGCUUGGAAGUCAUAUUUACAGAUGAUGUGAGCUUGCAAGUUUUUAUAGAGCAUUUGCAGGCUUUGGCUGUUCAGGGUUGAUGAGCUAGUGUAGGUGUACAGGAGUCUUCCUUUUUUGUUCUCCCGUUUCUUGACUUUGCCGCUUAUUCAUAUUGGCGACAAGAGUGAGGUUAGUCAUCUUGUAUAAUGUUGCCGUUUGCUACUUUUUUUUGGUUGAUCAUAGUUGCAAAAUGAAAUAUACACCCUUGAUCUCUUGCUUCUUAA